GGAAGCAAAUACAUAUGUUAAACAAUGAUUACAACUCUUGCAAGUUCAGUUUAUUUCUUACUACAUAUCUUGGUUUUUUCACCUUUUUAGAAGUUGAAACGUUCACUUGUUCAAUUCGUUCGUAAAACUAUUCCUGGAUUGGAGUGGCAAAUUGUAUCGAUAUUGUUGCUUAUAGAUUACAGACACUUCAUGUAUUAAAGAUAAAAUUCAUUCUCUUACUUUGCGCUUCUCUUUCAUCUAAUUCAGCCAGAAGGAAGGCUUAUAUUUAUACUGUUCAGUAUAAUUAGGCAAGGUAACAUUCGAUCCAGGAUUGUUUUUUUUCACAUAUACUAUGAGUUCAAUCGUGUAUCGAAUUGAAAUACGUAUUAUUGUUGUCUAUAAUACUAUGUUGCUUCAACAAACAUUUGGUAUUGAUUAAUAAACAACAUUUGGACCGAAGUAUGCGGGAAUGACAUUUUCUGUAAGAUUUUCAUAUGUAUAUCUCGCUCCGAACUUUGGAUUGAGAAAUAUGACAGAAUACAGCGACCUGAGUACAUCCUGUUAGAAUUUAACGGUUUAGAAACUAAUAACAUCAGUUACUUCUUCAGUUAAGGAUUAAGGUUGUAGCUUGUAGCAUCAACAGAUAUCAAAUAAUGUUUGUAUACCUAUAACGGUUACAACCUAUAAAAUUAUGUGUUAAUGUUAUGUAUUCGUGGUUCGUUCGCAUAUGCGGCUUGUCAGGCUUCGGCUUGUGUACUUGGCUUCUCGAUAAGUGCCGCACACAUGGAUCUGGCAAUCUGGCCACUUCAGCCAUUCCCUGUCCACCGCUACCACUCCGCAUGCUCCGCAUAUCCGGAGCCGCAACCCUGCGUACCGUCGCGGUCGUACUUAUCGUCUUGUUUAUGAUCGUAAAUCUGGAUCUCGUUUUAAAUCCGUAAAGACUUCUUCGUCGUCCCGCUGUCGAAAUUUCAGAUAGUUGUCAGUUUCCUAACCUCUCCACGAACGAAUGUCCCGGUGUUUUGCAUCUUCGCGUUCAGUUUAAUAGAUACACAGCAAUCGCGUAACAUGAUGUCGCGUUCAGUGCGUGCAGAGACUCGUAGUCGUGCCAAGGAUGAUAUUAAACGUGUAAUGCAAGUCGUUGACAAAGUUCGCCAUUGGGAAAAGAAAUGGGUUACGAUAGGAGAAACCACUAUGAAGAUUUACAAGUGGGUGCCUAUAUCGACGCUUGAUCAGAAGAAGAAAGGGAAGACGGUCGGAGACAAAGAAAAUGGUUUACCAAGGAAAAGUGGAUUAGAAUCUUCAAAUUCUAAUUUCGGACUUACCGAGGACUCAAAUACAUGUUUCUCAACAGUUAGUGAUUCUCAAGGAUUGACUGACUUCUCUGCACACUUAGGAUUUUCAGAAGACUCCAAUUCGCAAAAUAGUGAACCGACACCUAAAAGGUUAAAGACUGAUUAGGGUUUAAUUCUAUGGAUAUUACUUGGAUAAGGUAUUUAGAAAUCAUCUACAUCUUUAAGAAUUCACAUAUUAUAGUGAUCUUAAAUAGUAGGUAUGAAUGAAUGAAGGAAGUAAGAAAUGUCUUUUCAUUUUUCACUCUGUCUCUAUUAAGAGAAAAUUUAAUUUCUCGGUGUAGAAUUGAACAGUUUGGAUUUAUACUACAGAGUUUCGUACUUUAAAGUUAGAGAAUGUUAAUUAAAAAAUGUGUAUCUUGAAUGUUCAAUUCAUUUUAAGUUUUUGUUCAUGCAGAGUAAAAGAUUGCACAUUCUAAACAGUCUUUAUAUCUUCGCGGUAUUAUUUAAUUUGCAGGAUGUAUACAAAAUCUCUGUAAAAUCUCGAAAAUCUUUUACAACGUGUACUUUAUAACAUCGAUAAUGUAAAAUAGGCGAUGGUAUAGAUUUUAUUCCGAUAUAAAAUAAUGUUUUCGAAACAUUUAUGUACAACAUUACAUUCGUCUUCAAGGUAUCUGUGCCUGAAUGCAUUACUACAUGUUCAACAGUUGUUCGACAAUUAAUCGUCAUUGUACAUAUUUCAAAUGUCAUUUUUUUACCAUCAAAUAUCUAGAGAAAACAUCCAUUCCUUGAUGUUUCGUUAUAGCACCGUGACAUGUACAAAAUACGCUUCGUCACUUGCGAAUAAAAUGAUAAAGUUGUGAACGUU